AUGGAAAAACCAAAAAUUGACGCCGCGGAUGCUCGUUCAUGGGCAGUCGCCCGCCAUCUUCACAGAAAUGGAUUCAUUACAUUAGUCUCGCCCCGACGCCAUUUUGUGCCUGGCUGGCUUGACAAGUACCUAAGCGCGGCCAGAGGCGGGGCAACUGUCUCUGCCGACGAAUAUGGAUACCGUGUAAAUAUCGCCGAUAUGCAUCGCAUGUACAUGAGGUAUCUUCAAGCAAAACUGGUACAAACGGCGAUUACGCUUCAUCCCAAAGAGUUCACAAUUACCGAGAUGGAAUCGGAUGCGUUGGAGUCUACAUUAAGAAAGUACGUCCAAUCCGUGCAAGACCAAGAAUACAUGGCCAAACACUCCGGCAAGCGGAAUGACCCCUUCAUUGCUUCCAGCGAGCGACUCCAUGAUCAUUAUAUCCUCGAAAGGGAGAUGACUCGGCAGGGGAAAAUCCCCGACGACUUUGAAGCACUGAAAGCAACCGCAAUCCUGACGGGUCCCUGGGAAAAAGGCAACCGAGCUGGCGCUCAGCCCAUAUACGCCACGCGAGCGGAGACCAUGAAACGAGGCCUCUUCUCGAGACUCGCAGGCGCUUUAGUGGGCGGUGCCUUUCUUAUCGGGCCCAUGUGGUUACUCGCACUCGAGCGGGACUUGUACUUCCAACUCGGGUUUACGACGGGAUUUGUCUCGGCGUUUGGAUUGCUUAUGGCGUGGUAUCUCAACACGCUUGAAUCUGUUUUUGCGGCGUCGAUUGCUUAUGCGGCUGUGCUCAUGGUUUUUAUAGGAGUGAUCAUGCAAGAAGCUGGGAGUCGGUAG